UGUCUGUUAAGUUUUGAACGAGUGAAUGGGUGCGUGUGCGUCCAAGAUGGCAUGCAUGGCUCAUACGAUCUAGCCAACCACCCAGAGAGAGAAUCACCUCUACCUCUUAAGUUUGCGACCUUCAGUCGGUGUCAGUGUACGGAGCCUCCGCACUGAGCCAUCACAGUGCUGAGGCCACGUACACGGAGCCCGAGCCAAGGACGCAGCCGCAGACAGAAUCCCACCAAACGAGACACAUCAAGUGCACACGGGUCACGGGCGGACAGCAUGUGCAAUGGCUGCCUGGCUAACAUGACAUGGGUGCCGGCCGCUCUCUUAUCUUCUGUCUGCCUGCCUGCCUGCCUGCCUGCCUGUGUCUUUUGGUGUCCUUCGCCCACCGCUCACACACGGAGUCUGUGUGAGGGAAGACUCCGUGCAUCAGCGGUGACCGACCAGACACACGCAAGUGACACUUUCCUUCCUCACUCACUGCACAGCACAACCCCGCACCAGCCAGCCCCCCAGAGCAACCGAUAGGGAAAAAGAGCCCCAGCCCUCUCUUCCCCCUGACGCACCGCACCAUCCGUCCCGUCCCUUACACAUGAGAGUUGGUGUCAUGUCACACUCACUGAGUCCGUGUGUCACCAGUAGGUGUAUCUGUAUCUCUGCUUCAUCUCCUUCUCCGUGUCGAUGGUCCGCUGCAGCAGCCGCAGCGUCUUGGUCGGCAGCUGCCGGAACUCACCCUCACUUAUCAGCCCGUCGCCGUCACCAUCCAGGGAGCCGAAGGUGGCUGCCGUGGGGGCCUCCUCGCCGGCCAGUCCCCAGAUGCCCAGGCGCUUCCCCAGCCGCACCACAUCCAUAAACCUGCACGUGCCACACGUGCCACAAGACAUACGCGACGUGGCGAGAGGCUAUCUGGGGAUGGUUGUGCUACUUACUCGUCGAGGCUGAUCUGGCCGUCGUUGUCGACGUCGAUUUUGUGGAAGGAGCGGCGAAUGAUGGACUCGACCUUAUGCACCGACAACUGGCAGACGGACAGACGCACCGGGGGAGGAACCGGGGAGGAAUGUUAUGACCUGUCUUCCCCCCUUGCUGUGGUGGGGUAUGUAUGAGUCUGUGUGUGUGCGGUACCUACCUGCAGUGGUCCCCGCUCGGCCUCCAGCCGCCCCAGCCUCUGUGCCAGGAGGUGGUCGAUGGCCAUGAGGAAACGCGGGAAUGUGCGCUGCAACUCGGGCAACUCAACGGGCUGAACACACACAGCACACCACAGCACAGCACGAGUUGAUGUGACUGACAUUCCUCUCCUUCCGUCCCGUCCUGUGUGUCAUGCAUGCAUUCAGGCCUUACUCGUGUGGGGUCGUCGAGUCCCACUUGCGCGAGGGCGUCGAGCACCUCACGACCGCUCAUACCAAACUGCGAAAAUACGACGUUCUCGUGGACUAAAUACCUGCAGGAAGGCGCAGAAUAAGAGACGCAGAAUAAACAGAUAGAAGCGGCCCCUUGCCCCCCCAGGUCAGCUCACAUCAUCCAAUCGUAUGUGUUUUUGGGUUUGUCGACCUCCGGCGAGGCGCCGCUCAGCAGCAGACUGCACUUAUCCCCCGCACCAUCACCAGCAGAGGCAGAAACCGCACCAGACGAUGCGCUCGCCGAUGCGGACGAGGAGCUGCUCUGGUCCGGCUGCUGCUGCUGCAGCUGGAGGGCUUCGGCGAUCUUCUGCCUCGCGUCCUCCACCACCUCGAUUUGCGAAAUGAGCGCCUCCAAACGCAUGAUGCUGCUCGGCGGACUAUCCGAGGGACCUGCAUGACAUGCCCCAGACACACAAGAGAGCGAAGUCAUGAGACACAGACUUGCCAGUGCGCAUGCGCGAGUGCAUAUACCGUCGGUCAUGUGGCUGCUGGUGGUAGUGGAGCGACGCCUCUUAUCCCCCCUGAAGAUGCAGCUCGGCGCCUUGGAGAACUCCGGGCUCAUCGAGUGGUCGUCCGGGAUGCGGGGCAUGCCGAGGCCGCAGCACUGGUAUCGCAAACGCUCACGCACCCACCGCUCGGGACGUUCCGAGUCGGGGGACUCAUCCCCAAGGACAGCAUCGGCAGGAUCCGCACCAUCGGGAAGUGGUGAGGAUGUCGAGGCGCCCAUUGCUGCAACAGACGUUUGUGUGCCGAAUCACGUACUGAAUCAGACGCUG